AUGCAUAGUAGGCAACAUCUGUCUAUCAAGUACCUUGAUGGGCCUAAAUUAGAUUCAACUCAAGUUCGACGCAAAAGCUGUGUUUGUGAAUAGUGUGGGAAUACAGCUCCAAAAGAAGAUCGUCUACCAAAUUAAUUAUGCGAAAUUGCCUACCAUAAGUAAGAACGACUAGCAGAGAUUUUCCUUGGCAAAUUAGAUGGAGCAAGAAAAUAUCUGAGAAAUGAACAUAAAAAAAGAAACUUUCGAAUUUAUGCAAAAAAUCCUUUAUUUAUACUACGUUCUUAACCAGAUUUGGAAGAAAGUAUACACUUACCAACUUCACCAACAAAGACCCACACACCAGAAAAAGAACGUUUAAAGACUGAAUAGCCUUAGAUUUCAUCUUAUAGAUCGUACAAAUAUGUUCCAACUUCAAAUUGCUUUCUGUAAAAUAUGAAGCAACAAGUUAUGCGUUCUAAUAAAACAAUCAAUAGAUUACUUAAAGAUAGAAAGGCGGUCCAAUCGCUUCAGUUUUCAACCUCUGACAGACUACCAAAUACAAAAUCUCCAUAAAAAAACAAAAGAAGCUUUACUAAAUAAUUAAAGCCCCUACCCAAAUAGAAAUUACUUUAAACUAAAUUUGACUGUAUGAUCAGACAAUUCUUUAACUCAUCUAAAACCAAAUAAAAUUGA